AUAAAGUUGCUGGAGGAAGUGAAAAAUAAUAGAGACCCAGAGUGACUUGUGAAACGGAUAUCCUCCUGAUGUGUUUUGAGAAAAUGCCAAACUGAGUUUCUUCUAACUAAUGUGAACUGAAGCUAAACUAACAUCCGAACAUGAUGGGGAUGACGAUGAAGAUGGCUGCUGUCUCAGAAAUCACCCUGCUUCUGCUCUGCUGCUCCGUCAUCACCUCCACAGAUUCUCAAGGGGCUCUCUGCGACAGCUACGCUGCGACGGGAGACAACUUCACGGUGCUUCUGACGUACAACCUGAAAGACACAGAAAAGCUGAAAUGGAGUCGGGAGCAGACACAAAUCGUGGAACGAAAACCUUUGAAAAACAAUGGACGGGUGAUUGAUCAAAAGCUUGUCGCCGAGAGCAAUUAUGACAUUUAUCAAAAUGGAUCCCUGAAGCUGACAAAACUGAACCGAAGCCACACAGGCAGCUACAUGCCCAGGGUUUACAGAGACGAUGGAACAUCGGUAGCAGAUUUUAAGAGUCUACGUUUGUGUGUAUUGGAUCGUGUUCCGGAGCCUGAAGUGAUGACUGUGUGUGACCAAGCCACUGUCAGAUUUACUUGCAAGGUUGUUCAGCAGACCAAGGAUCUCAAAUUUACAUGGCUUCAGAAUGACCAAGUGUUGAAAGGGAAGAACGGUCUACAUCUGAUGCAAGAGGCCAAAAUUGUGGAAAAGAAUUCCUUCAGUUGCAAAGUUUCAAACCAGGUCAGCUCUUUGACCAGUGCUCCUGUGAAGGACCCCUGCCAUCAGUCUGGCUUUGUUUUCCCCUAUGAAGUAAUGGGACUUAGCAUCUGGAUUUUUGUGGGUGGGGGAGGAGGUGUUGUUCUGGUGCUGAUAAUAGUUGUCAUUGUUUGCUGUGUCCAGGCCAAACGGAAAAAACGCAUGCUCAUAAAGGAUGAGGAGGAGUUCCGUUUGGGCUUGACCUAUCCUGACCAACAGCAACCGCGACCCUGUCCUCAGCACGGCCAGCCUCCCGGUCGCCAGCACCAGCAGCAGCCGGCCGGCCACACCGGUCCCCGCCAACAUCGGCCAAAACAGCCCCGGGAACAUCCGCGUUCCAGGGCCCAGGACCCCCACACCGGGGAACCUCAGCCCAGCCCCAGAAGACCUGCACAGACCACCAGACCACUUGUCAACGAAAAUGACGAGAAGCCUCCUCCUCUUCCUCAGCCCCGGAGAAUAGUUCCCAGAGUGUGACAUGACUUGAGUAUCACAGUCUCGAAAACUUACUGACUCCUCUUUUCUUCUUGUUAUUUCCCAAUUCACUUGUAUGGUUUUAUAGUCAGUAUACUCUGACUACACUUUUUUUUUUAAGUUAAACAGCUUUAGAGAAAGCAAAAUCUUCCUCUAGCACCUCAUAGAUUUGCUGAUAUAUGUUGCUUUCAACUUCAGGAUCUAUUACAAUUUGUUUGCUACAUUGUUUUCAUACAAAAAUCAAACUUUUCUUUCUACGUACUCUUCUAUGCAGUUGUUUACCUUUUUAUUUUGUAUUUGUGUUACGAUUUGAUUUAAUAAAGAAAAUAACCUCUCUGAUGAAAUGAAAAAGAAAAAUGUUCUUUUAACCAGACUAAAUCAACCAUGUGUCUUUUUUCAAACUUUCUCAAAAUAUGGACACGUUGACCUGAUCAACACAACUGAAUAACAGUUGAAAUGCAUAUCAUACAAGUAAUAACAUAAAGAAAACCACUGGUCUGUGCCAUUCAUCUUUAAUGUAUCUUCACACAAUUUGUAUCAGAUGUACUUUUUUUAAUAAAUGCUGUAAAUUAUGGUGA